AUGAGGCACCGACUCUCCGCGCUGGCCUCGCUCCCGCGCGUCACGACAUUACCAUCAACACGCUGUGCGCCCUAUUUCGCACGCAAUUCCCCCAGUAUAUUAUCACGACAUGGCGCAUCCUCACGGCUUCAAAGUCUCGCAAACAGGUCGAGAGGCUUACGAACGCGUGCCGACAGUGUCAAGUACGGCGACUACAGCAACUCCAAUGCCAGACCUGCUUCAGAGCUAAAUGAGAAGAUUACACAAGAAGAGAAGGAUCAUUUUGCAAAGAAGCUGCAGGAGGACAAGGGAAAGCAAAUACGGACACCAUGGCAUAGAGAAGGAAGCGACACGCCGCCUGUCAAGCGGCAGAGGAGCGCUGGAGCGAUGACCAAGGGCAAACUACUCACCACACCCUCACGUAUGCUCAAGAUUAUCCUUCCACUAGUGACGACCGACCACAACACCGACCGCAAAGACAUCGAGCCGCUAGCACUCCUGGUACACCCACAACAACCCAUCUCCUACCUCGAACGAUUGAUACAAGCCGAGCUCCCUACCAUCAAGGACAAGGAUGGGCGUGAGAGACAGCCUAACGUAUACUUUCGUGCCGAAGACUCAAUGCAGGAAGAGGCAGAGCCCGAGGAAAUGGAGAGCACCCCAGUCAGCAUCGACAAGGAAAGUCUAAGCCAACAAGACGGCGAAGAGGACUUUGAGCAGGUCGACGAGAUCCGCAUUGACGGAAAGACGCAAAAGACCGGGAAGCUGAGCAGAGAUCGGAAGACACCGGAAGAGGCAGAGGAACUGCGAGGCGGACCCGGAAAAGGAGGGGUGGAAUCGUACUCGGGACAGGGUCACGAUGCGCCGGCGGAUAAGCAAGGAUCACGCAAGUUCGUACGAUGGUCUUCCUCAACCGAGAUUGGCGACUUUAUCAGAGAUGCCGCUCGAGGACAGGAAUUCGCUAUUGAGAUUGAAGGUGCGCCGCAAGAGAUCCGCGUAGGUGUUCCCAGCUUCGCAGACCGGACAUACUAUCUGCGCAUGCGUCUGCGGAAGACAUCGCGCAAGAUUAGUUCCAUGGCAGAUAUCAAGAAAGAGUGCGAUGACCUGGCCAAGAACGCAGCUAAGAACGUCGCAAGGGCUGGUUUCGCCGGCAUUGUAGGAUGGUGGUGUGUGGUUUACUACCUCACGUUCCAAACCGAGCUGGGCUGGGAUGUCAUGGAGCCCGUCACCUACCUUGUCGGUCUCUCCACACUUAUCGGCGGUUACGUAUGGUUCCUCUACCACAACCGCGAAGUUAGCUACCGCUCAGCCAUGAAUUUCACCGUGUCGCGUCGACAGCAAAAACUCUACCAACAACACAACUUCGACUUGCCCAAAUGGGAAGCGCUGAUUGAAGAUGGAAACGCGCUCCGAAAGGAGAUCAAGGCCAUUGCCAACGAGUACGAUGUCGAGUGGGACGAGCUGGACGAAGAGAAGGACGAGAAGGUGCAACAUGCGCUCAAGAAAGAGCGCAAGAGGAAAGAAGAUAAGAAGAAGGAGAAGGAUGAGGUGGAUGAGGAUGAACCGGAGCAUGAGGAGCCUAAAGAGAAGAAGGAUGACAAGUGA